AUGCCUGUUACCGCCUCUGCUGCCGCUGCUUUCUCGAAACAGGCCCCACCGCUGCUGGUUAGCCUCGUCGAAGGGGCCCCUGCGGGUUCCUCCCUCAUUGCUGCGACCAAGACACCUCAUGUCUCCAACAACAAAGCGGACUCGCCCUCACCGCCAUACUCCUCAUACGUGUCAUGCCUGAUUCAACUGCCCCCCCACGUCAUUGUUGCUGCUGCUAGUGCUCCUUAUACAGCAGCCUCCUGCCCCUCUGCUCCCGGCUCGUCGGCGUCCUCCGCAAACCUUGAGGCUUUGACGACGGCCUUUGCCAGAGCGUUCUUCAACAGCAAGGCGUUUGCCCCCGAGGCCUGUGUUUUACGUUCGGUGGGCUUCAAACGCGGCACCACGACGACCUUCUCAAAGGGAGACCACGUGUACCAGUGGGUCGUUGAAGACAGGCGUCCAAACGAGGUGCUCUUGCGCUGGACAAACGGUGUCAGCUGGCUCGCCAUCGACGAGGGGGCGACCGAAGUAGGAGUUGCUAAUAAGGAGAUCACCCCUGGCGCCGGGGCGGUAAACGCAGCUAGUAGCCUGCGGUCUUUCAAAUUCAUGUUUGGAUCCGCAUUGUUCAAGCCGUUGCAUGUGCAUCCAUGGAUCUACGCCGCGCACAACUGGUACGCGAAAGUUCUCCUGAAGAGCACCAUGUGCCAACUUUUUUUAGAGGCAUCCAAGCACCAGCAUCAGGAGCAGCAGCAGCAGCCGUAG